AUGUCUUAAUGUGAGAUUGAGUGUUGUGACAAAGGAAUAGUGAUUGAUGGAAAAUGUCGUUGUGAUAUAGGUGCAUUUGGUGAUGAGUGCUUUGAUAAUUUAUAAGAUCUUUACAUAGCUCCUUAUUACACCUUCUAGGGUGUUUACUGUGCUGCUUUUGUUUUUAUACUCUUUAUAACAAUUCGUCAAUUCUAAGCCUCUUUAAAGACAUCCAAAAUUCCAUCUUAUUACACGUAAUUGGUCUGAACAAAUUGUAGUUGUUUAUAGUAUGGCUAUGCUUUAAUAGGGUCACCUUAGAAUUACAUACUUGUUCUAACAAUAAUAUUAUCAACUUGUAAACUGAUUUGGCUAAUUCUGGAUCCAUUUGAAAUUUAUGUAAAUAAAAGAUGGUAAACCUAUAUUAGAAAGGGAAGACGAUAGUAAUUGAGAGAUUACUUUCAGAAGUGGUUUACACAUUAUUAUUUUAUAUAUAUGGAUGUCUAUUGAUAGUGUGGUAUACAAUGUAUGAUGAAAUCUCAUUCAAUGUAUAUUAAAAUAAAGAGGAGAGGAAAUUCAUCUUCAAAUAUUACAAGGAAAUAUUGAAGUUAAGACUUUUCAUAGUUUUCUUGGUGUAGAUUACAGUCAGUACCAUGAAUGGUAUCAAUUUUAAUGUACUAAACUAGGGCUAAGAAAAGGAGUUUAGUAUCCUGCCUUUUUGAUGUUCUGUUAUAUAUUUCUAUUGGUCAAUUUCUUUUUCUUUAUCUUUGAAUUUUUGAUUUAUGGAAAAUCUCUUUAAAAGUGUAUUAAAGAAUAAAUUUAGAAUUGUAAAAGAUAAUUCCUAGAAUAGCAGAAGAAUAAUAAUGAUUAAAUUGAUUAAAUCCCUUAAAAUGAUAGUAUGAGUAAAUCUCCAGAAUCAAUGUAAAGGUAUCUCAGAAUGUCUAGAUAAGUGAGUAUUGAAGAUCAGAAAAAUGAAUUUAAAGAUGAAAUCAAAUAGAUUGAAGAGGUCAAACCAAAAAUAGCAGUUACAAAAAUUAAAUCUGUUUCAUUUGCUAGAACAUUUAUUAAAGGAAUGCGUGGUUCAGCCUUUUUUAGAUAAGAAAGUUAAAAAUAAUUAAAAUCAAUUAAGAAAUAGGAUAAUAAUAAAGCUGAUUCCAAUUUAAAUUAAAAUGAAAAUUAAUUUUAAUAAGAGUAACAAAUUGAAGAGAUGAAUAGUUGUUGUUUAUAAGAAGAUUAAUAAAAUGAAAUCAAAUGGGAAAAUGAUGAUGAUAGAUAAACCUAUUAAGAAACAAUCAAAUUAUAAAUAAAAGCUGUGAAAGAAACGAAAUAAAUGGCUGAAAAACGAAAAUAAUAAGAAACAUUAACUCCAAAAUAAAAAUAUAAAAAUGAUAAUAAACAAUUAAAUUAUAUGAAUAAUAGUUUAGAAGAUUAAAAAACCUAAUAACUUCGCUAUUAAUCUGAUGAAUAUUAAGAAAAAUUUAAUAAUAAAUCAGCUAAUUUAGUAGUAGAUAGAUAAAUAUUAUUUAAAAUAUAAUUAUUAGUUUAUUUUGGAAUUAUUUUAGAAAUCUUAUUCGGAGGUUUAAGUAUAACAGUAUUAUUAACAGAUUUAAUAAGAAAUCCAGUUGGAUAACUAAUAUAUUUAUAUGGAUCAUCAACACUGCAAUUUUUUUCUUUGAUUACAGUUCUGAAAUUGUUUCGAGACAUAAAAAAUUAAGAAAUAAAGAAUCUAAUAUGGAUAUAAAAAGUAGGUAGUAAAAAAAAUAAAAUUAAUCAAAAUUUUAUGUUCUCCAUUCCAAUAGAAUAAAAAGAUGAUGAAUAAAAAUAAAAAUUAGAAUAGAGAAUAAAUAUGAUUACUCUAUAUUGA